CUUUAUUAUAAAGGCAAUGAGAAGAAAAGAAGAAACUAAGUUGCAAAAUACAAUAAGAGAGAACCACAAAGAUAAAGUAACAAACAAACAAACACAUUUCCCAGAUUCUUCAACUUGAUACAUGUAUAUAUAUAUAUAGUGGUAAUAGUAGGAAUAGAGAUUUCAAUAAAAGAGAUAGAGAUGUGACUUCUGUGUUUUUUCAUCUUUUGGUUUGUGUUGUAAGAUCAAGAUUCGUAAACUUGUUCUUCUUCUUCAUCAUAUUCGUCUUCUUCAUCAGCGGUAGCAUCUUGGUAUUGUUGGUAUUCAGAGACCAGAUCAUUCAUGUUGCUCUCUGCUUCAGUGAACUCCAUCUCGUCCAUUCCUUCUCCUGUGUACCAAUGCAAGAAAGCUUUACGCCUGAACAUAGCCGUGAACUGUUCGCUUACUCUCCUGAACAUUUCCUGGAUCGAAGUCGAGUUUCCGACAAACGUGGAAGCCAUUUUGAUUCCAGUUGGUGGAAUGUCGCAGACGCUGGACUUCACAUUGUUUGGGAUCCAUUCAACAAAGAUCUGUUCGUCCACUUCCUUUGUGCUCAUUUUUCCUCGGAACAUGGCUGAAGCUGUGAGGUAA